AUGGAUCCGUCCGAGUUUCGUAGAUAUCUUGCUGCAUGUUCUGCUGCAUGGAUAGCAACUUGUGUUUGCUACUGGUAUUAUACUACACAAUCGUCAAGUGUGCAAAUUCAUAGUUUAUCACGAACUGGGUCUGAAUUUGUUACAUAUAUAAUGAAUUCAAACCCCCGUAACUGUUUCAAUUUGUUGCGGAUGGAAAGGGAUGCUUUUAAAAAACUAUGUACACUUUUGAGAGCAAAAUCCCUACUUCAUAAUAAGAGAAGUGUGUUGGUAGAAGAACAAGUGGCCACAUUCUUGAACACAGUUGCACAUAAUGAACGUAAUAGGGUGAUGCAAGCUCAAUUUCAACAUUCUGGUCAGACUAUUAGCUAUUAUUUCAAUAAAGUGUUGAAGGCAGUUGUAGCUUUGGGUCCGGAUUUCUUAUUACCCCCUAGCAGAGAAAUACCCGAUUGCAUCUCAAACAAUCCCAUGUUCUAUCCAUAUUUUAAGGAUUGUGUUGGAGUAAUCGAUGGAACACACAUACCAGCUUGGGUUGGGAGCAACACAAACAAAAGAUUCCGUAAUAAAAAGGGUGAACAAUCCCAAAAUGUAUUGGCUGCUGUCUCAUUUGAUAGGUGUUUCCAAUACGUACUCGCUGGUUGGGAAGGAUCUGCUGCAGACUCAAGAAUUUUAGAUAGCGCAAUUAACAGAGAGACUAAUCCUUUAAGAGUGCCUCAAGGAAAGUACUACCUCGUGGAUGCAAGUUAUCUCAAUAUGCAUGGUUUUAUUGCCCCAUAUCCUAAUGUUGAAUGUCAAUUUAAUGAAAUCAUGGAUACUCAAGCUCCGAGGGCGCUACAAGAGUUAUUUAAUCAUCGGCAUUUGUCAUUGUGGAACAUUGUUGAACGCACAUUUGGAUUAUGGAAAGCACGCUUUCCUAUCCUAAAGAACCAAUCUCGCUAUCCUUUUGAUACACAGUUUCCUGUAGUUCUCUUUCAAUCAAAAGGGGAUGAGGAAAUAUUUGUCUGA